GAACUAAUUCAAUAGAACUAUAACUAUUUUAUUAGAACAUCUGUACAAACAACAGCCAUGUCUGAAGCAAGUAACAACAAAGUGGCUUACUUCUAUGACAUGGAUGUUUCACGGUUCCACUAUGGCCCUGGUCACCCCAUGAAACCUCACCGUCUUGCUCUUACCCACACUCUAGUGUUGCACUAUGGCCUUCACAACAAGAUGCAAAUGUUUAAGCCGUACCGCGCCACUAGCCACGACAUGUGUAGAUUUCACUCUGAAGAUUACAUCAAUUUCCUUCAGCGUAUAACACCUAUGAAUCUAGCUGGUUUCACGAAAAACUUAAAACUGUUUAAUGUGGGCGAUGACUGUCCUGUUUUCCCUGGUCUUUAUGACUUUUGCUCCAUGUACACUGGUGCCUCUUUGCAAGCAGCGACAAUGCUUAAUAAUAAGAAAAGUGAUAUCGCUAUAAACUGGUCAGGUGGUUUGCACCAUGCUAAGAAGUAUGAAGCAUCUGGCUUCUGUUACGUGAAUGAUAUCGUCAUUGCAAUUUUGGAACUUUUAAAGUAUCACCCUAGAGUAUUAUACCUCGACAUUGAUGUACACCACGGUGAUGGUGUCCAAGAGGCUUUUUAUUUAACGGACCGUGUGAUGACUGUAUCCUUUCAUAAGUAUGGCAAUUACUUUUUCCCAGGCACUGGCGACAUGUAUGAGAUUGGAGCUGAGAGUGGCCGCUAUUAUUCAUUAAAUGUACCACUUAAGGAUGGCAUUAACGAUCAGGCUUAUCAGCAACUUCUUAAGCCUAUUAUGAAAGCUGUAAUGCAGUCAUACCAACCCACUUGCAUUGUUAUGCAGUGUGGUGCAGACUCCCUUGGCUGUGACAGACUUGGCUGCUUCAACCUGACCAUAGACGGACAUGGAGAAUGCGUGAAGUUCAUGAAAGAGUUUGGCGUCCCAAUGAUGGUCCUUGGCGGCGGUGGGUACACUGUACGCAAUGUGGCCAGGUGCUGGACACAUGAAACUUCUAUCAUAGUAGGUCAGGAAAUUAAUGACGAAUUACCUUAUAACGAAUACUUUGAGUAUUUUGGUCCUGACUACACUCUUAGACCGGACACAAGUCGAGGUAUAGAAAACCAGAACACUAAGCAGUAUCUUGAUCAACUGCGACAGAUGUGUCUUGAGAGUUUAAAGAUGAUCACGCAUGCUCCGAGUGUUCAGAUGCAUGAGGUUCCUCCGGAUCUGCUCUCCUUUGACAACUACGAGUCCCUCAGUGAGUUGGAUGUGAGAGAGAGGCAAGAAGACGUGGAUCAGAGGAUUGAACCAGAUAAUGAGUUUUAUGACGGCGAAAAAGACAAUGAUAAAGAAAGUGAUGUCAGCAUAUGAUGAAAAGCCAGCAGCUGGUUAUGCUUUAUUUAACAACUUCUAGUGGGAAGAGGUGGACAGAAUAGUUAGAAGAUGCCUUGAAAUUGUAGUGGUGCCCAUUUCCACUUUUGAAAUAUGACGAAUUGGUGUUUUAGCACUGUUUUGGCAUAUGAAAUUGGAUGAUUUGUUAAACAUUGUUUUUCUUUCUGACACGUUUUUAUAGGUCUAUAUAUUACGUAUUAACAUUGUUAUGGGCCAAAAGCUUUAUUUUAUUAUAUUUUUAUUAUGUUGUUUAGUCAUGUCAUUUCAAUAUGAUCAUUUAAAAUCAUAUGUAAUUAUAGCCUUAAUACUAUCUAUAUGCAGAAGGUUUGCUUUUACUAAUGCAACACUUCUUCUAUUUCUCGCUUUACAG